AUGUCUUCGACAGGUCGCCCAUCAGUCGCUAUCAUCGGAGGCGGGAUAUCUGGAUUGGUCUGUGCUAUACGGCUGGGCCAACUUGGUUUCUCCAAAGUGACCGUGUUUGACACAGGUAAGCGCGCAGCAGGAGGGCGGUGCUCGAGUCGGAAAGUGGUGGUCGACGGUGUGCUCCACACCUUUGAUCACUCCUGCCAGUACUUCACCGUCUCAGACAGAAGAUUCGCCAAAAUUGUCUCAUUCCUGCAUAACAAGAAUGCUGUUAAAAUCUGGACAGGAAAGAUCGGACAUCUGAAAUCCGGUAAAUUUCUAGAAGAUCCGGGUUUGACGCAAGCCUUUAUUGGCACGGAUGGUAUGCAGUCCAUUGCAGAUUGCUUAGCGUCAAAUGCCGACGUACAGAGGCCCGUCUGGAUCAGUGAAGUUUGCUGGGAGGAAGGAAGUAAAAAAUGGAAAGUCGACGGAUUCGGAUUUUUUGAUUACUUGGUGGUAGCACAUAAUGGGAAAUGUGCAGACAAAUUAAUGUCGUCUGCGGGUGCACCACAAGUUCACAAUCUUCUCCGCGUAAGAUUUAAUGACAUACUGAACCCACGUGAUCAGCGAAUGCAUCUGUGUUCUUUGUGGGUGCUUCUUGUUGCUUUUAAAACUUCACUUAAAUUAAAGUACGAUGGUGCUCAUGUUGACCACGAAGACAUAUCAUGGAUAAGCAACAAUACUUCUAAAUACCGAACUACUAAAGAAACAUGGUCUACCAAGAAAGACACUACAGAGUGUUGGACAAUCAUUAGUACAAAAUCCUUCGGAAAGGCCUUUAAAGUGCCACAAGAAAACAUUCCACCUUCCACUGAAAAAAUGGUGACAGAAAAGUUACUUUCGGCUUUCAAAACAGCACUAUCUAGAGACGAUCUUCCCACCCCGUGUUUCACUAGCGUACAGCUCUGGGGAGCGGCUGUUCCGAUUAACACCCUGGACAAUGGGUCAGACUGUGUGUUUAAUGGACGUUGUCACUUGGGAGUGUGCGGGGAUUGGUUAUCCUCCCCGUGUAUUCAGGGUGCGGCAAUUAGUGGAUUAUCAUUAGCAGAAAAGAUCCAACAAUUCUCCUCGGGACAAUUCGCUGUAAAUACCAGUUUACAAGCGACAUUUAAAGCAACAUCAACCAGUGCUAUCGGAAGCUUCCCAACGGACAAGUCUUUGAUAUUUUCUCCUCAAAGUUGAUUUUU